CGUUGGGCGGCCGUUGGUGAUGAGCGCGAGGAUGAGGCGGCGCGUGGCCGAGCACCGCGGGGUUAGCGGCAGCAGCGACUUCUUACAGCGAGUCUCCCCGCUGAGAAAACCAGCAGUUCUUAAAGACAUUCCCCUCGGCACAUGCAUCUCAAAAUGGACAGCGGAUUACCUCAGCACACAUGGAGGAAGUCAAGAGGUCAAGAUCCAUGCAUCACCAGUGGCACAAUUGGAUUUUAUCAAUAAAAACUUUAUUUACAGAACUUUGCCAUUUGAUACGUUUGUCAAGCGUGCUGCUGAGACACAGCAUACUGAGUACUUCAUAUCCCAGGAUGAGAAAUAUUACCUACGGUCGCUAGGAGAAGACCCACGGAGGGAUAUUGCUGACAUCAAAAAGCAAUUCCCAUCUCUGGCCGAAGAUAUUGAAAUCCCGGAAUUCUUUGAGGAGAAUCAGUUUUUCUCCAGUGUUUUUCGAAUCACCUCACCGGGUUUGCAGCUGUGGACACAUUAUGAUGUUAUGGAUAACCUACUGAUCCAGGUAACUGGAAGAAAACGGGUGGUGCUUUUCAGCCCUCGGGAUGCACCUUACUUGUAUCUAACAGGUGAUAAAUCUCAAGUUCUGGACAUAGACAAUCCUGACCUGAGCAAGUACCCAGAAUUUGCAAAAGCCCAAAGUUAUGAAUGUCAUCUGGAACCAGGCGAUGUGCUUUUCAUUCCAGCACUGUGGUUUCACAACACUGUCGCUGAAGAAUUCAGUGUGGGAGUCAAUGUAUUUUGGAAACAUCUUCCAGCAGAUUGCUAUGAUAAAACAGACAUGUAUGGAAAUAAGGAUCCCACAGCAGCCUCAAGAGCCAUACAGAUUUUAGACCGAGCCCUGAAAACAUUGGAAGAACUUCCUGAAGAAUACAGAGACUUUUAUGCACGUCGAAUGGUUCUACGAAUUCAGAGCAAGUCAUAUAGCAAUAAUUAUGAGUAGUAACUGUAUCCUUCUGUUGAUCAAUUCAUAAAUAAUGAUACAUGUAUGGUAUAUUUAUUCAGUUUCAGAAGUAAAAUGAUCAAUUGCAUCCAUUAAAAUAAUUUGUGAUUUUCUACAAAUUGACAUUUUAAAUGAUCGUAUUAACCUAGUGGCACAUUAACAAUAAGUUAGUAUUUCAAACGCAGGAGAAUGUUUAGAUUUUUCUUUAUAAUGCUCCUUUAGCGAAUUAUUCCACUAAUGUUGCUUUUAAUCAAAGCACCAUUAAAACAAUUGAAGUUGGUCUUGCAGUAAUCUCAUAUAGUGUCUUAAUACUAUGUCAUGCACAGUCAUUAGUGAAGUCUCGUGGUACACAUUUCAAAUGAUGUAUAAAAUUGCCCAAUUUUGUUCUGGAUGUAAAUGGCAGUUUUACAAAUUUUAUAAAUGGAAAGUAAUACCUAAUUAAGAGAAUUUUGGAAUGAUGAAAUCUAUUUGGUGCCUGUAGCUUAAUAGAGGGAUUUGACAAUGCUGUAAAGUUCUAUAAAUAAGUGUUCUAUAAAGAAUAAAAUAAAACAUU